ACCUUCACACUGACAUUUCACAGUUGCUUCUCAAUCGCACCGGUCGUACCGCUUGACUUGUUUGUUUGCUUUUAAGUGCGUAAUUAAUUAAUUUUAUUAAACAAAAUGGUGGUUGCUAAAAAAUGGAUUUUGGCUAAACGUAGCGUGGGUUUCCCCAAGGAAACCGAUAUCGUCUUACAGGAGGAAACCUUACCUGAAUUAAAGGAUAAUGAAUUCCUGGUAGAGGCAGUCUACCUCAGCGUAGACCCAUAUAUGAGGGCCUACAUGCCAAGAAGUGAGUUAAAUACCACCAUGAUCGGAUCCCAGGUGGGCAAGAUCGUUGAAAGCAAAAAUCCAAAAUUCCCAGUUGGAAAAUACGUGGUCGGACAAUACGGUUGGAGAACUCACACGAUCGCGAGCGAUAACAGCGAUGGCGACUUUUCCGGGUUACCCACGACGAUUUUACCGGAUUUGGGAGGCUUACCUUUGUCUUUGGCCCUAGGGGUCUUGGGUAUGCCGGGAAAUACUGCUUACUUUGGCUUAUUGGAGAUAUGCAAGCCGAAAGCUGGCGAAACUGUAGUGGUAAGCGGAGCCGCCGGGGCAGUGGGAAGUAUUGUUGGUCAAAUUGCUAAAAUUAAAGGUUGCACAGUGGUCGGUAUCGCAGGAUCCGACCAAAAAGGCAAAUGGCUGACUGAGGAACUCGGUUUUGACAGUUUUAUCAACUAUAAAACCGAUAAUGUGGAGGAAGCUUUGAAGAAAGCCGCUCCCAAGGGCGUAGACUGCUAUUUCGAUAACGUGGGGGGAGAAAUCAGCACAAUCGUAAUGAACCAAAUGAACGACUUUGGUAGAGUGUCCGUAUGCGGCGCCAUCUCUUAUUACAACGAGAAAGAAAUACCUAAAGUUUCCGCACCCCAAUUCGCCAUCGUAUCGAAACAGUUGAUGGUGGAAGGGUUCAUAGUGGUACGAUGGGUGGCUAGAUGGAUGGAAGGGAUCAAACAAAACACCGAAUGGAUUAAACAAGGAAAACUGAAGUACCAUGAAACGGUCACCGAAGGUUUCGAGAAUAUGUUCAAGGCAUUCGUGGAUAUGCUCAAGGGUGGAAAUGUGGGGAAAGCGGUGGUAAAGGCUUAAGUUUAUUGUAAUUUUUUUGUUUAAUAUAAUAUACUCUUUGUACCAAA